AUACAGUCAUACAAGGAGUGGAAUCAAUCUCUUCCUUUAUCAAUGGAGGAUUACUCGGGUCGUAUCACUUGAAAAUCCUACCUUCCUUCCUUCAUCACCAAUUCCUUUGGUCGGGUGGGUAAGCAUCUGGGUAAAUAUCAAAUAACAAUCGGGUGGCUAUGCUCAUAUGUAUUUCAAGGUGAAUAAGUAGCAUUCAAUGGCCUAUCAUUCAACCCAUCCUUCCAAUUUGUUCUGACUUCUCUUCAUUUUUCUUGUCCUUUCCUUUCCCUUCCCUUCCCUUCUUCCUCUUCCCUUUCUUUCCUUUUCCCGAGGUACCUACUCACAUCCUCCUCAAAAUUGGAUUUGUUUUGAUUUGUUUCGUUUCGUGCCAUUCACGUCAGCUGAUCUUCACUCAUUUGGACUCGGACUAAACUUCCAACCAAUAUCAUCGUCAUAUCCAACAUUCACUUCCAACCCCAUUCACCGAUCGCGGUUCGCUUCGCUUCAGAUCAUCUUAGCUUCGAACCAUUUCCCACUUUUGAUUGGCUCAUCACUUACCCUCAAUUCACACCAACAAUUACCCUAGCACGUGCCAAGGUUAUCUUUCGAAACAGCCGCCCCCAUAUUCUUCACAAGGCCCAAUUGGGAAAGAUCGGACGAACCCCUCGAUGAUACUUUAUAUUUUCCACUCAACCAAUUCUUUUCGAGAAACAUCUUUCUUUCCAAUCUCCACACGUUCCUUUUCGAUAUCAUCUUCAACAAAUACAUUCACUCCCCCAUAUUUUGUCCUUCUUUUGACUUUGGAUGAUUCAUUAUUUGGCAUUGCAUAAUCUCUUGGAAACCAGGUACCAAGAGUUUCUUCCAAACUAUUUAUUCAGUACCCGUACUUAGCUAGCUACUUACUAAAUAAGUCGGAACAACUUUUUUCUUGAUCUUUCGACAGCUUGAUCUUGAUCCUCAUUUUUAUCUCUCUCUCUUUCUCUCUCUUUACUUCAUAAUCAACAAUAUGUUUCCCAAAAGUUUCUCAAGGAGCCUUCUCCUGGCAUUUUCUGUUUCUCAAUCCGUAUCUGGUCUCAAACUCGAUACCUCUGAUCCAACUUCAAUCAAAAACGUAGCAGGCACCAUUGCAUAUGGCCUCAUGAAAUAUUAUACCGGCAAUGUCACCAAUACACCAGAUACCAUUGCGGUAUUGCCAGCGCCCUACUACUGGUGGGAGGCUGGUGCCAUGUGGGGAACCAUGCUCGAUUACUAUCACUACACUGGGGAUGCUACCUACAAUGAUAUCACAACACAAGCUUUGGCAUCUCAAGCUGGCCCGCUCUUCGAUUACAUGAUGCCGAACCACCAAAAGGAUGAAGGAAACGACGACCAAGCGUUUUGGGGAAUGUCUACCAUGUCUGCUGCAGAAAAGAAUUUCCCGGAGCCCUCCAACACGGGCGGAUUUACGUGGGUAGAAUUGACCGAGAAUCUGUGGAAUACCCAAGCUGCUCGCUGGGAUACCUCGGCUUGUGGUGGUGGAUUGAAAUGGCAGAUUUUCUCAUUCAAUAAUGGAUAUACAUAUAAAAACUCGGUUUCUAAUGGAGCUUUCUUUCAACUUUCGGCACGCCUUGCACGCUAUACCGGAAAUCAAACAUACGUCGAUUGGGCAGAAAAGGUUUAUGAUUGGACUACCAAGAUUGGAUUUAUUGAUUCAAAUUUCAACACUUUCGACGGUGCCGAUGAAUCCAAAGCUUGUACCAAUCCGAAUAAAAUUACCUGGAGUUACAACAAUGCCCUUUUCCUGUACGGAGCCGCUGUCAUGUACAACUACACUACCAGUUCCACUUGGCAAACACGAACCGAGGGUUUAUUAAAAGCCUCUUCCAAUUUCUUCACAUCCGAUAGUGUCAUGUACGAACAAGCAUGCGAAGAAUUAGCAACCUGCAACAAUGAUCAAUUUUCCUUCAAGGCGUAUCUCGCACGGUUCAUGUGGGCAACUACUCAAAUGGCACCUUUUACAAAAGCCACUAUCACGUCAUAUCUCACCAAAUCAGCAUCUGCAGCGGCUAGUAUUUGCGCUGGUGAUGCUAAUGCUUGUGGUACAAAAUGGUAUACGGGAUCGAAUGAUGCAAUAUCCGGCCCUGGACAACAGAUGAGUGCUCUGGAAGUCAUUCAAGGAUUACUUGUCUCUUCCGCCGCGCCACCAAUCGUCAAAGGCCAAGCAUUUGUUCAAUCAACUUCUUCUUCGCCAGCUUCUUCCUCUUCGCCAGCCUCUUCAGCCUCUUCGUCUUCUUCAUCUUCUUCAUCCGCCGUCAUUAGCACUAGCAGCAAAUCCAGUGUUUCAAGUCGCAGUAGUGUGAAAGCAACCGCUAGUGCUACCAGCGCCGCAACAACUGAUCCAUCCACAGACGUAAUUGUGACCGAUACCAUCCUGGAAAGUACCACAGUUCCGUGCUCGACUAGUUCUUCUUCUACGGUAUACUCUUCCCCCGAAGUUCCCUCUUUCACCGCACAGCCUUCUACACUUACUUCAGAAGAAGUAAAAUCUUCCACUGCAGUCCCUUCGUCUACUUUGAAGUCAUCUUCUCCUAUCACUUCUUCUAAACCAAAGACUUCGACUUUUGCUGUUACAACCCCUGCGCCUGUUCUUGAUACCACAACUACAGUCAGUAUUCUCCACAGCACCACUGUAUCUUGCAACACAUCAGUAUAUGCCAACUCUACUGCUUGGUUUGCAUCAUCCUCGUUUUUGUCCAGUCGUCUUACAAUUGCUUCAUCGGCCCCUGUUCCUGUUACAUCUGCUCUGCCUGCGCCUUCUAAAUCUUCAACCGCCUUACUGAUUGAUACUACUACACAGCGAGCGCCUACCAUUUCGGGUACCGGUUCGAAAGGAACUAUGAGCUUAUCAACAACAGCUUCAGCCUCGGCGACCAAGGCCACAGUCACGGCGGCUGCUGGAAGAAAUAUGGACGUUUCGGGAUCGGGCUUACUGGCCGGUGUGCUUGGCUUGGGGCUUUUAUGGGCUCUUUAGGAGUAGUUUAAGAGGGUCGGGAUGGUGGCACGGUAUGUAAUAUAGAGUAGGGGAGUUGGGUGUAUAAAGGGUAUAUGAUUGGAUUGGAACGGGAUUGUCAAAAGCUGUUUCUACUUUUUAUUUGACAGGCUUCUCUACGGCCAGAUUGUCCAGUAGAGCUUGAGGCAUUGAUCUGGUGGAGUUUUUGGUCAAAAUCAUACUGGUGUUUAUUUUGUGGUAGAUACAUACAUGGAUGGAUGGAUAAAUUGGAGAAGAUAAAAAUGAUUAUAAUCUGGGGUAGACUAAAAAAGCUUCUGGGAAGAUUUGUAAAAUAGAUACCCUAGAUCGAUAGACAUCACAAAUAUGAAGGGAGGAACUAAUUUCAUUUCAAA